ACGCGGCGAACACAGAACAAGCUCUCCAGCAGGGCUCGCCGCCUGCUUUAUAUACAACCCGGGCGGAGCGGCAGCACCUCUUGUGAUUGGCUGCGAGAGAGAAAUUGUUCCCCAGCCAAUGGAAAAGCGAAUCGAGACGGGGCCAAUAGCGAAUCCCGGCGCUCUGCGCCGCGCUUUAGGCGAGCCAAUAGCGAUGCAGUGAUAUCGACGGCGGCGCUAUAAAGGCGGCAGCCGAGGCGGCAGCCGCCGUUAAGAGCGGUUGGGCCCUGUGCUUGGUUGGGGACAAAGCUGCGGCUGCUGCGAUGCCUGAGCCGGCCAAAUCUGCUCCUGCGCCCAAGAAGGGCUCCAAGAAGGCUGUCACCAAGACGCAGAAGAAGGGCGACAAGAAGCGCAAGAAGAGCCGCAAGGAGAGCUACUCGAUCUACGUGUACAAGGUGCUGAAGCAGGUGCACCCCGACACGGGCAUCUCGUCCAAGGCCAUGGGCAUCAUGAACUCCUUCGUCAACGACAUCUUCGAGCGCAUCGCCGGCGAGGCGUCGCGCCUGGCGCACUACAACAAGCGCUCCACCAUCACGUCGCGGGAGAUCCAGACGGCCGUGCGGCUGCUGCUGCCCGGCGAGCUGGCCAAGCACGCCGUGUCCGAGGGCACCAAGGCUGUCACCAAGUACACCAGCUCCAAGUAGGCGCGCUUUGCGUCCUCUGCCCGAUAUUUACGACCCAAAGGCUC